CCUGGCUCCCAACACCAUGAUACCCUCGAAUCCUUCCUCACACACGCCUCGCAGACGAAUCUCUCCCAGACAUCGUCUACGUUCGUUGGAACCCGAUAUGAGUAUAUCUGCUCAGAGGCCUUGAACCGACUCGGGUUUCACCUCACGAGGACGGGUCGCUCCAACGACGCUGGAAUCGAUCUGGUUGGAGAUUGGCGAGUUCCAACUCUCCCGCCCGAAAUACCGCUCAAAAUUCUUGUGCAGUGCAAGCCGAUCGGACGGGCGCGAUGGGUAUCGCCAGAACACAUCCGGGAAAUAGAAGGGGCUUUCGCCGGUGCCCCGGCAGGAUGGAGAGGCGACAAUACCAUUGCGAUACUUGCGACGACGAGUCCGACGACGAAGGGGGUACGGGAGGCUCUGCAACGCAGCUCGCGACCUCUCGCAUUCGCCAUGAUCACCGAAGAUGGUUCGAUACAACAGCUAGUGUGGAACGCGAGAGCAUCCACCGCAGGGCUGGAAGGUCUUGACGUGGGCAUGCGCUAC